AUGAAACUCAUAUUCUUUGAAAGACGCACAAGCGAGAGUGCAGGCGGAAGCGCACGGGUAUUGCGCUCGACACCAGACUGGAGCGAUGCCGCCAUUAGUGGCGAACACCUUUGGGCGCCCACAUCGGUGUCUGGAGAUUGCUGCUAUGUAGGCGAAUCUGAGUGCCAGAAACAUGGGGCUCGAAUGAAAUGUUCAGCGUGCAAAAUCGUCGCUCAUACUGCCUGCAUCGAUAUCUUGAUAGACCGAGUGCAGUUCACCUGCAAGCCCACAUUCCGAGAUGUUGGAGUUCGUCAGUACAGGGAACAAACUCUCACUCAUCAUCACUGGGCCCAUCGGCGCUCUGAGAAGGGCAAGUGCAAAGCUUGCGGCAAGUCAUUCCGGCGCAGCUGCUGCUAUUGGUGCAUAACACCCCAAAGAUCUGUAGACAAGAAUAUCGAAAUACACGAUGAAUCCCUCCAAGGAAAAUUAUCGUUUAGCUCUAAAGAAAUCGUGGCAUUAAGUUGUUCUUGGUGUAAAGACGCCUAUCAUAACAAAGAAAGUUGUUUCAAUUUACAGAGGAUAGGAGAAGAAUGUUCUUUGGGCAUUCAGUCAAACAUAAUAGUACCACCGUCAUGGAUAGUAAAAUUGCCAAGGAGAGGUAGCUUUAAAUCUUCGUUAAGAAAAUCUCCUAAAAAGAAGAAUACAGCAAAGAAGAAAGGAAAAGACUCUAAAGGAGAACAAAAGACUUUUGUAAUUAAACCUAUUCCAACUGCCAACGUAAAACCAGUGCUGGUUUUCAUUAAUCCUAAGAGUGGAGGUAAUCAAGGUGCUAAGCUGCUGCAAAAAUUUCAAUGGCUGCUUAAUCCGCGACAAGUCUUCGAUCUUACUCAGGGUGGACCUGGACCAGGAUUGGAGAUGUUUCGCAAAGUGCCCAACUUGCGAGUAUUAGCGUGCGGUGGAGAUGGUACAGUCGGAUGGGUGUUAAGCGUACUCGACCGGAUCGGUUCGAGACCAGCCGUUGGAGUGCUUCCACUGGGAACUGGAAAUGAUCUCGCAAGAGCACUCGGGUGGGGAGGUGGAUAUGAAGAUGAGCCCAUAUCCAAGAUCUUAGCUCAUAUCGGUGAAAGUGACACUGUGUUACUAGAUCGAUGGCAAUUAAAAGUUGAACCGAAUGAAGCUGCGUCUGGUGAGGAUACGAGCAAUGCGAAGCCGGAACUGCCACUUAAUGUUGUGAAUAAUUACUUCUCGUUUGGCGUCGACGCGCACAUUGCUCUUGAAUUUCAUGAGGCUAGAGAGGCGCAUCCGGAAAAGUUCAACUCUCGUAUACGAAAUAAGUUAUUUUACGGAACUGCGGGUGGCAAGGACUUAAUGCAAAGGAAAUGGAAAGGUCUUGCUGAAUUCGUCACUAUGGAGUGCGAUGGAAAAGAUUUUACACCUGUGCUCCGAGAGCAUAAAGUCCAUGCUAUUGUAUUCUUAAACAUUCCAAGCUACGGGGGUGGAACACACCCUUGGAACAAGUCGAUGGGAGCUACCGAGCCAUCGACUGAAGAUGGCCUCAUAGAAGUAGUAGGAUUAACCACAUAUCAGUUGCCAUUACUGCAAGCGGGUGGUCACGGCACUUGUAUCACACAAUGUAAGACGGCCAAAAUAGUAACCACCAAAGUGAUUCCGAUGCAAGUGGACGGUGAAGCUUGUAGACUGGCGCCCUCUGUUAUUACUCUGUGCAGACUGAAUCAAGCAAUUAUGCUCGCUAAAAAGAAACCCGGAAGAGUACUAGUGCCCCAAACAACGCUGGAUAAACUUUCCCUCACAGUGAAUCUCAUAACAAUGGCCGACUAUGAGCGUCAUCAUUACGACAAGGAAUUGUUGGCUAAAACAGCGGAACGGAUCGGCACUUUGGAAGUGAAUCCGGCGGCCGACUUAGAACAAAUGCGAACUCUCAUUCAAAACAUGAUUAAAGAAUCUCAAACACACUCAAACCUCGUUGACUGGUGGUUCGUCGAUUCGGUGACAGCAGAACGUUUCUUUCGAAUCGACAAAGCUCAAGAAAAUCUCCAUUAUCCGACGGAUAUCGGGCAUGAGAAUAUUUAUAUUCUCGAUGCAGCCCCUUUGACACCGGACACUGAAUCAACGGCUCAUCCGGAAACAACGGCUACAGCGUCCUUAGACCGGACCGGGCCAUCUGUGUCGCUAGACACUACCACUGGUCUAUCUGUGUCUUUAGAUAUAUCUCAAAGCGUAGAUACACCCAGUGCUGGUGUCUCUUUGGAUGUGCCGGAAUCGCAUGCUAGUGAAUCUGGAUUCGGAAGUCCCGCGCGAAACUCAGAGGAAUUACUCACACCUCAAACACCGCCUUCCGGGAUGCCUCCCUCCGCCUCCAAAAUGUCUUUUCUGUCCGCCAAAACAUCCCCCCAACCAUCAAAAGUUCCAUCCAUUCAAGACAGUAAUUCUCCGCCACUUUGCACCAGUCCACCAGUUGGAAAAGACCAAACAAAUCGAGAUUCCAUUGCAAGAUUCAGAACCGUUCACGAAAAACUGUUUGGAUUUGAUCAAGAAGUGUUUGGCUGUAGAAAAUUAUUGGAGAAAACAACGGACGCGCUUCUAAAAGCGGCUAAAGUCGGUGAUUUGAAAAUGAUGAAAGAGCUGCACACUGCAGGGUACUCCCUGCUAUCGAUAGACGCAACAGGACAGACAGCUCUACACAUCGCCGCCAGAUACGGUAACAAGGAUAUAGUGAAGUAUCUGAUCGCGAGCGCUCCCACGGCGUUGCUGAACAUGCGGGACAACGAGCGAGGCCAGACCGCCCUGCACAAGGCCGCGGCGAACAAGCGCCGGGCGAUAUGCUGCAUGCUGGUCGCGGGCGGCGCCUCCCUCUCCCGUCAGGACCACAACGGUCUCACCCCGCGUCAUCUAGCACUUAGGGCAGAUGACCACGACUUAGCUGCCUAUUUGGAAAGUCAAGAACACUUUCAACUAGUAUCAGAAGAUCUGGAAACAGCUGUG